AGAGUGUUAUAUUUUUUGGGGGGUGGGAAUAACAGAAGUGGGAAUUCCUACAUGAAAGACAGAUGUAGGCAAGUUCCAAGCAAUUGCAUUGGCUGAAAGCGGAGGAUAAUUGGUGCGGAUCGAUAAAGACUAACAGGUUUAUUAUGGCAGGAACUUUUGUGCAGAUCAAAAUGUUGCCCAGAAUUUGCACUGUGCGGUUCUAAAUUGCUAGGAAACUACAGGCAAGGCAAGCCCUGUAUCAUGAGAUUAUUGCACUCGUGACAUUUAAUUUAUGGUUUUAGGGAGAAGGAUGGCGGAGUGUUUCUUUUGCUUUGGUUUUGGAACUUGCCACAUUUUGCAGCUCUCAUAAAGAACUCAAUAGAAAUCAUUUCAGAUCUUUUAAAAAGUUGAACAUGGGAGAAAGCAACUCACCGAUUUGUCCAUUUACUAGUGGUUUUGGAGUACUUAGCUCCUAAAAUCUUUUGUGUUCAGCCCAGUGUAUUCAAUGGUGUUUAAGUGUUGACAGGGUGAGCAUGUUCCAAGACAUCUGUUACCUCUAUAUAUAUGGCAGGAUGCCCCAAAUAAUUCAUGGGACUGUAUUUUGAUGAGUGCAAAAUUUCUCCUGGAUUAAGUUUUCUUUGAAGAGUUACAGUUCUCCUGAAUGGCUAGUUCACUAUUAUCAUUUGGUACUGGACACCAUCUCACUGCAAAUUUAAGGUUUUGGAACAGCCUCGUUCAUAUAUGAAAAGGAAUCGCACCCAAAACAAAACUGUAUAGCUUCAUAAUGAUGUUUGGUUGCCUUUUUUGUUCAUUGUUGUUAUGUUCCUUCAAGUCAUUUCUGACUUAUGGUGACUCUAAAGCAAAACCUAUCUCAGGGUUUACUUGGCAAGAUUUCUUCAGAAGAAACAAACACACCACUGACUCAUUUUCGGACUUGAAUCCAACAUUGAAGAUAUGGAUUGGCAUUCAAUAUGGAUUUUACCUCUUCUGGCAAAUCGAUAUCCUUCGUACAUCUCCAUUCGAUAAACAUGUUUGUGGACUCCAUGAGGAUGCUUUUGUGGCUUCUGUUCCUCCUUGCUGACAUUUUGGGAUCCAGAGGGGAUGCAGACUUGAGAAAGAAAGCACUUGAGCUCAUGAAGCAAGCCCCGUUAAUUGAUGGACACAAUGACUUGCCGCUGAAGCUGAGAUGGUGGUACCAAAGCAAGCUGAGCCAAGCUAACUUGAGGACACUCAACACCACAGCCACCAACAUUGGGAAGCUCCAGGCUGGCCAUGUUGGUGCUCAAUUUUGGUCAGUGUAUGUUCUCUGCAGUGCCCAGAACAAAGAUGCUGUGCGCUUGACAUUGGAGCAGAUUGACCUGGUCAAGCGGAUGUGCAGAGCCUAUGAAGAAUUUGAGCUUGUGACAUCUUCGCAAGGCAUUGCCAAUAUGGAUAGCAAAAAGAUAGCAUGUCUGAUAGGCAUCGAAGGAGGGCACUCCAUUGACAGCAGUCUGGCAGCUCUGAGGAUGUUUUAUGAGCUGGGUGUUCGCUACAUGUCGCUGACACACACCUGCAACACUCCCUGGGCAGAAACAUCAUCCAAGGAACUUCACAGUUUUUACCCCAAAACUAAGGGCCUGAGCAGUUUUGGCAAAGAAGUGGUGAAGGAGAUGAAUCGACUCGGGAUGAUGAUAGAUCUAUCUCACACAUCGGACACAACAGCAAGGGCAGCUCUUAAACUCUCCAAAGCACCGGUCAUUUUCAGCCAUUCCUCGGCCUUCUCGGUUUGCAACCAUUCAAGGAAUGUCCCAGAUGACAUUCUGGAAGACCUGAAAAACAAUAAUGGGAUCAUAAUGGUGACCUUCCCAACCAAGUUUUUGGCCUGCGGUAGCCAAAGAGUUAGCAUUUCCACCGUUGCAGAUCACUUGGACCACCUUAAGAAGGUUGCAGGUUCAGCUUCAGUAGGAAUUGGCGGUGACUACGAAGGAGAAAAUAGAUUCCCGGCGGGACUGGAGGAUGUUUCUAAAUAUCCAGCCUUGAUCGAGGAGCUGCUAAGGAGAAACUGGACCGAGAAAGAACUGAAAGGUGUUUUGAGAGAGAACUUCCUCCGCGUUUUCCAAGAAGUGGAAAAGGUGCGGAAUGAGAGCCUGUCAAUGAACGCAAGUGAAGUGGAAAUAGCUCCGGAAGAAGUCAAGCACGCCUGCCGCUUAGAACUGAGGCCCCCGUCUCGCCCGAUUUCCUAUGGAUUACUUUUGAGGAACCAGCUAAGCAACCUCAUACUUACAGGUGCCAUGUAUGCCAUGCUACACUGAAACAGAGAACGCUAGCCCUGCCUGGAGACUUGUCUAAUCGGAAGCAUUAAAUGCAAGGCAACCAGAUGCCUCUGAAAGGGUGGAAAAAAAAGACUGAGGCUUGUUUGUUUGUUUGUUUUUUGGAAAGAGAUUGCCCUGGGAGCCUUAAUUUCCAUCCAUUCACCAUCUACCUAAUAAGCCACACAUGCAUCUGCACAUGAUCCUAAGCAUGUCAACUUGGAUGUGAGUCCCAUUCAGUCAAGCGUCAUGAACCAAGGGCCGAAUUUAAUUUCAAAUGAAUUAAUGAAGGGAGUGGCAUUCCAGGAGUGAGAACGGCCAAAGGCAUGGGGCCCAAAAUACCAGCUGCUUCUUCUUCUUCUUCUUCUUCUUCUUAUUAUUAUUAUUAUUAUUAUUAUUAUUAUUAUUAUAGGUUAUUUCUAUAGCACUGUAAAUGUAUCUUAACUUUACACCUUCAUUGCUAGCAACAAAGCCCUAGAAGAGGCAAUUCAGUCAUGCAGAGGCAACCCAUGCAAACAAGUGGUAACCCACCAAACACUGCUAUUCUCUGUAGGGAAGGGGGCAUAGCUAUCUGAGGAAGUCCAGGAGGAGCAGAUCCAGCCCUAAACCUUGUGGGUCCUCAAACCUUCUGCAACUGAUGCUAUUUGCAACCACUGCUAUCUGACUAGUUGCUUGCUUUCUAUCUGCUCAACCUAUACCAACAUAAAUCGACAUUAUAUUACAGAAGGCCUUGUUGAUCUUCAACGCUCUCUGCCAACAAGUGCGCAUGCCUAAAUCUUGCUUCUAGGGUUUCCUCCCCCUUUGUGGAAGUAGCAAUAUAAAAAACUGGAGUUGCUGAGAGGGGAAGAUGAGAUUUGGGUAUUGUAAGUGUCCCUGAAUGAGGUUGUAAUAAAAUAGUCGUGUGGGGAUUGUGCAGCUGGAUUACAUCUCGGCCCAUUAGCGGCUGGAUAGAUAUGAAACAGGAGGGGUGAAGAGGACAGGCUUACAGGGGAAAGUUGACUUUUUGAAUCAUGGACAAAUAUGACUCAGCCACAUUUUGAACAAUGGAUAAUGGCCCUGGCGAACCUGAAAUUGCACAAGCGGCUUGUGAUUAUCAGGCACAAUGUGGCAAAGUAUAGCCAGGUCUAUAGAUGCUUGGCUGAAAAUUGAAAGUGUGCGACUCUUUCUUUGCAGCAGUUUCACUGGCUUCUUCUAAGCUGAUUCUGAAUUCCAUUCAAAGCAGAGCACAGAGACAUUAGCUUUGGAAACAUUAAGUCCCAGAAUCCCAAAGCCUUCAUGGCCACAAUGCAUGAGAGCUGCAAUGUAAUUUGUACGCUCCAACUGUCCCAAUUUGGCAGGGACAGACCCUCUGUCGUACUACUUUUUCAGCAUUAAUAUGUCCCAGUUUCUCUCCCUUCUUUCCCCCUUGGUCCUCAGCUCACUUCCAUUGCUCCAAACAUGGGCCUGUUACAGACUGCCAAAAUAAAGCUGCUUCGGGUCUCUUUAGAGGUAUGCUGUUUUAAUGAU